AUGUUUCGUGACCAAACGAAACACUAUGCAAAUAAACGUCGAAUUUGGAAAGAAUCUCGAACGUCGGUAUCUGGGCAGAAAAAUAAAGCGUCGAAUGACGCAUUAGAUUUCUCUAUAGAUCCUCAAUUUACCAGCGAACCUAAGCUUCAGCUUGUGACGCAGACCACACCACUUACAAUAGAGCUUUCUACUUCUUCAUCUGAGCAGGCUACAUGCUACUUUUUUCGAAACUACGUCUUAGAAGAUAAGUCGACAAGUGGUAGCUUCCAGUAUCUCCACGACAUCUAUGGUAAUGAGCUCAUUGGGUCCGCUUUGGCCGAUAGUAUUGAAUCCUUGGGCAUGGUUGGCUUAGCGAACUUUUGGAAAGCCCCUGAUCUCCAACUUCAUGCAAACAGAAAGUAUAACUCUGCUCUAAGGCUUGUCAGUUCUCGUCUGAGAAACGAAGCUGAAGCACGAGCAGACCAAACCCUUGUGGCGGUAAUGCUUUUAGGCCUUUAUGAAAUCACAAAUUGUCUACAACGCCAUGUUUCUACUCCAUCUUUUAUUCGUGAUUGGUCAAAUUAUGCGCUCCAGUUUCAAUCACCGGAUGAUGCCCAUGCUACAAUUCUCUCGGAACAAGUGAUGGAGUUUUGCGAUUUACGUGCAACGAUGUCUUCUUUUCAUGAUCAUAGCAAUGCCGAAAAUAUUAUCAAAGCAGCUCUUACAAUUGACUCCAAGCUUGUAGAGUGGGCUUUUAUCUGUCCUCCCGAGAGUAUGUUUUACAAAACUCUUACCGUGAGGCAAAGGUCUGAAGGUAUCUUUUCAGAUUAUUAUCAUAUUUACGAUAGUAUCUGGGCAGCCGCACUCUGGAACCAUUAUCGAUGCGCUCGGAUCCUCAUCAAUGAGGUUGUUUAUGUUCAGCUUACACAUCUCAAAUAUACCAAACCCGAGUUAUUCGUCUCGGAGCCGAGAAACCCUACUUUCUCUGAUUCUCAAUUGGAAACAUCAACCACAACUAUCAUCCAAUUGUCACAUGAUAUAUGUGCUAGCGUUCCGUUUAUGCUUGGAUACAAGGAGGGUGGAGAAGUGGCUUUAGACAGUGCCAAAGCAGUUAGUGGUAAUCUGUUGCUAUGGCCUUUAUAUACGGCGGCUUGCACGGCUGCGGUGUCGGAUAUGAUGUGCCAUUGGGUAGCUGGUAGAUUGAGAGUUAUCUCAGAUAUUAUGGGAAUUAAGCAAGCUGCUCCAUUGUCACAUAUCUUGACAAAAAGAAAGGAUUUGUUGGCUUGGGAGCUUGAGGAUGUUAAGAAUGGAGCUGCACCAAAUUAUGAAGAUUGGACACAUGGGCAAUUGAUGGAGCUGACUUGA